CUGAGAAUCUUCCAGAUAGUUCGAAUAUCUUUCUUUCUUAUCUUUCUCUCCACGCAAUCAACCCCUUUUAUUACUUCCAGAGGCCUCCAGAAAGGUUUGUGAUUUCUAUUAAAAACUUACUUGAAACUCCUUUUUUUUUAAGUGAUUUUUUGUAUUGGAGUAUUCUCAGUAGGUAGGUAUGGAUACACAGAAAAGCCAAGCUAAUGAAAAGCCAACUUCGUGUAGAAAGAAGAAGAAUGAAGAAGCCACUUUCAUUGAAGAUUUGAAAGAUCACAUUGAUGAGUUCAUUCAUGCUUCUAUGGAUGAACACAAAACUUGCUUUCAGAAAACAAUUAAGAAGAUGUUUGGUUUGUCUAAGGCUGUUGCCGAGAAGAACUCUGAAGGAGUUGAAAGUUCUCUGCCUCUUCAGAGAACUCUGCGAGAUUAGUUUGCUUUUGAAUCAUAAGGUUUUUAUUUUUGUCAUGUGGUAAUGUAAUAUAACCGUUGGAAUAACACAAAUUAUUCCCAGGAAUAACAUACCUGGGAAUGAAAAUAUGAAAAUUUGAUUCUUGGGUAUUUGUUAAAAAAAGGUGUUUAGCAAAUAACUUGACAUUCCUAGAAAAAUUGGAAGUUACAAUUUUUUUUUUAAAAUCUAUACAUAAUAUCAUGGGAAUGUACAUUCCCAUCUCUUUACAUGGGAAUAAGUUUAUGGGAAUAAUGGAAGUUAUGGGAAGUUACUCUAUUCCUAGGAACCUUUAUACUCAGGAAUAUUUUUUUCUCAACCUCAUAACAAACAUGGGUAUAAUCAUUUCCUAACCAUGUAUUCCCGGGAAUGUCAUUCUUAACCUUGAAACAAACACCCCCUUGAUGUUUAGUUAUGUUGGGAUUUAAAUAAAUGCAGAGAAACUGUUUAAUAAAGUUUUUUUACUUUAUUUUAUUUAGAAGUAAAAUUCAUAAAGUUAUGUUGGGAGUUAUGCUUUUUGUUUUCCUCCACUGUUAUUGAUAAAGUUGUAUAAUUCAUCUCCUCUAAUAGGUGAAACUUGAUGAAGUUGUAUUGUAAUUUCACAUUGGAGAGUGUUUUUCUUUUACUAUUAGAUGUAUGUGUUUGAAUAUUGUUUGAGCUAGCGUUUGAGAAUGAGAUCUAAAUUCA